UGGGACCUCUCAAUGAUAGGCAAUAAAUAACAUAAUCACACUUAUAUGCUUUUUUAAAAUAAUCAUGUAAAAUGUGUAUAAAUACACACACAAAUCGGCCACACCUCUUCGAACACUCAUCAUCACUUUGGUCGGCCGCUUUCUUCCUUCUUUCCUUCCUCCUUCCUCAUAUAUGAUAUAUCAAUAUAACAUCCCUCUUAAUUCUCCAAGACUCAUAUAGAUCAUAAAUAAGAAUGGUGCAGUACCAAGAACUCGCUCUUCAGAGAAGCUUCAGCUGCGACACAAGAAAGAUCAAUCCGGCGACUUCCCCUGCGCGUGGUUUACACGGUCGUUCACCGUCCUCUUCGGCUUUGAUACCAACCAUCCCUGAACACGAACUCUUCCUAGUCCCUUGCCGGAGAUGCUCCUCCGUCUCCCUUUCCUCCUCCUCCUCCUCCUCGUCCUCGUCUAGGAAUAUCGGGAAACUCCAGUUGAAGCUUUCUUCCCUCUUGCGUUCUCUCAUCAGCGUCAUUAACAUCCCCGCAUGCAAAUUCCUCUCCCUCCCUUCUCCGCCGUCUUCUUCUUCCGGUGUUUCUAACCAACUCAUCUCACUCGUCACCGGUGGAUCCUCUUCUCUCGGGAGAAGAGUCACCGGGACUCUGUACGGACACAGAAGAGGCCACGUCACGUUUUCCGUCCAGUACGAUCCGAGGUCCGACCCGGUCUUGCUUCUUGACCUGGCCAUGUCAACGGCAACUCUCGUGAAAGAGAUGUCGUCGGGGCUCGUCAGGAUCGCUCUGGAGUGCGAGAAGCGUCAUCGACCGGGGACAAAGCUCUUCCAAGAGCCCAAAUGGACGAUGUAUUGCAACGGGAGGAAGUGUGGAUACGCCGUGUCCCGUGGUGGCGCGUGUACUGACUCGGAUUGGCGCGUGCUGAACACGGUCUCUAGGGUUACCGUGGGAGCAGGAGUGAUCCCGACGCCGAAGAGUAUUGAUGACGUGGCCGGUGUUGGAAGUGGAACGGAUCUUGGGGAGUUGUUGUAUAUGAGAGGCAGGUUUGAAAGAGUCGUGGGGAGCCGUGACUCGGAGGCUUUCUACAUGAUGAACCCUGACAAAAACGGAGGUCCAGAACUCAGUAUUUUUCUUCUUAGAAUAUAAAAAUAAAACAAAAUGUCUUAUCUUUUUUUUAAUUUCACAAGAGAAUUAUUGACUUUCUUAAAAUUGAAAAUGUCUUUUAAGUGACGUAUUACUAUAUAGUGAACGAAUGUAAUGUUGUGUCAUGAAAUAUAUGUAAGCUAUAGUGAUAUAAAACUAUAAAAAAGAAAGAGAGUAUCAUAGUCUUUUUUUUUU